UGGGUUUCACUUGGAGAUGGACUAUACAUCCAAGGUAGCUCGGCCCACUCAAAGUUAUAAAGCCUAAAAGGAAGUGGCAUAGGCAUUGGAUCAACAACAGACUCACUCGGAUGUACCCAAGGACGAAAGAAUCAACAGCUGAGUUGGUGUUACAGAGCAGCCAUUUCUUCCCAAACCAAGUCACUUACAGAGACGAUGCUGAGACAGCUCUUCACAAAACCAACAGUGAAGCAUGCCACUUUCAGCUUUAUUCAGUUCAACCCACACAGAGAGAUGCAUAGCAGAAACAAGAAAGCAAUGGAGUUAAUAGCAAAAGGGUGGAGUGCUUUGAAAGAAGUUGACAGAGUCAUUGAUUACUGCGAGCUCAAUGAUAAACGCCUCAUCCCUCUCCUUAGGGCAGCGAAGGAGAAUUUUGAGUUGGCGUUGGAGGCUGAUAAUUCCAAUACACAUGCUAAGUAUUGGUUAUCCAAAUUGCAUUUGAAGUACCACGUUCCCGGGGCAUGUAAAGCCAUAGGAGCUGCUUUGUUAGUAGAAGCUGCAGAGAUGGGCGAUCCAGAUGCACAAUAUGAAUUAGGUUGUCGUCUAAGAGUUGAGAAUGACUAUGUCCAAUCAGAUCAACAAGCGUUCUUUUAUUUGGAAAAAGCUAUUGACCAGUUGCAUCCAGGUGCUCUUUACCUUCUAGGUGCUGUAUACUUGACAGGGGACUGCGUAAAGAAAGACAUUGCUUCAGCAUUAUGGUGUUUCCACAGGGCAUCAGAGAAGGGACAUGCUGGAGCAGCCAUAGCAUACGGAUCUCUGCUACUUAGAGGUGUUCAAGUCCCAGAAUGCCUAACGAAAUUUAGUUCAAAGAGGGGUUCUGCUUCCAAAAGAGCAAGGAAGAAUGUAGAAUGCCUAGCCACGGAUCCAAUUGAAAUGGCAAAAGAGCAAUUUCAAAUAGCAGCAACAGCUGGAUGUGACCUUGGACUAAAAUGGUUGCAAAGACUUGAGGAGGUAGAGAAGCGUCUGUUGAGUGAAAGUAGCUCCACAGAUAGUGUUUCACAAGAUAAACCGGCGUUGUUAUGAUAUAAUCAGAUGAGCUUGAAGCCAAAUAAGUUAUAACAGGUUGAUAACUGUUUCCAUUGAAGUCUACAAGUAAAUUUAAUAUGAAGUAUUAUAUAUGAUAUGGUGUAAUUUUCGUGUAUUCUCAAUUGCACAUUUAUGUUUUACAUUUGACUCAUUGCAUUGAUGCCAUUGUGGAAGACUACAUAUUCAAGUUUGU